AUGGCCGUCACUAAGUUAUUUGCUCGUUAUGUCUACGAUUCUCGUGGUAACCCAACUGUUGAAGUUGAUUUAACCACCGACAAGGGAUUAUUCAGAUCCAUUGUUCCAUCUGGUGCUUCCACUGGUAUCCAUGAAGCUUUGGAAUUGAGAGAUGGUGACAAGUCCAAAUGGUUAGGUAAGGGUGUUACCAAGGCUGUUGCCAAUGUUAACGAACUCAUUGCUCCAGCUUUCGUCAAGGCCAACCUCGACGUCACCAACCAAAGUGCCGUUGAUGACUUCUUGAACAAGUUGGACGGUACCCCAAACAAGUCUAAGUUAGGUGCCAAUGCCAUCUUAGGUGUUUCUUUAGCCACUGCUAAGGCUGCUGCUGCUGAAAAGAACGUUCCAUUAUACCAGCACUUAGCUGAUAUUUCUGGUUCCAAGCAAGACAAGUUUGUCUUACCAGUUCCAUUCCAAAACGUCUUGAACGGUGGUUCCCAUGCUGGUGGUGCUUUAGCUUUCCAAGAAUUCAUGAUUGUCCCAACUGACGCUCCAACCUUCUCUGAAGCUUUGAGAAUGGGUUCUGAAGUCUACCACAACUUGAAGUCCUUGACCAAGAAGAAGUACGGUCAAUCCGCUGGUAACGUCGGUGAUGAAGGUGGUGUUGCUCCAGAUAUCGGUUCUCCAAGAGAAGCUUUAGACUUGAUCAUGGAUGCUAUUGACAAGGCUGGUUACAAGGGUAAGAUCGGUAUUGCCUUAGAUGUUGCCGCUUCUGAAUUCUACAAAGACGGUAAGUACGAUUUAGACUUCAAGAAUCCAAACUCUGACGAAUCUAAGUGGUUAUCUGGUGAACAAUUAGCUUCCUUAUACGAAGAAUUGAUCAACGAAUACCCAAUUGUUUCUAUUGAAGAUCCUUUCGGUGAAGAUGACUGGGAUGCUUGGGUUCACUUCUACUCCAAGGUUUCUUCCAAGGUCCAAAUCGUUGGUGAUGACUUAACUGUCACUAACCCAUUAAGAAUCAAGACCGCCAUUGAAAAGAAGGCCGCCAACGCUUUGUUAUUAAAGGUCAACCAAAUUGGUUCUUUAACUGAAUCCAUCAAGGCUGCUCAAGACUCCUUUGAUGCUACCUGGGGUGUUAUGGUUUCCCACAGAUCUGGUGAAACCGAAGAUACCUUCAUUGCUGAUUUAUCUGUUGGUUUAAGAGCUGGUCAAAUUAAGACUGGUGCCCCAGCCAGAUCUGAAAGAUUAGCCAAGUUAAACCAAAUCUUAAGAAUCGAAGAAGAAUUAGGUGACAAGGCUAUCUACGCUGGUAAGAACUUCCACGCUGCUUCUCAAUUAUAA